AUGGAGGCAGACAACGUUUUCUUCUACCUCACAUACGAGGGCGCUGUGGACAUGGAUGCUCUAGACGACCCCAUGGACCGGGCGGCAAAUGAGGAGCAGAUCGCCGCCUUUGGCCAGACGCCCGCCCAGCUCUUCCGCCGCCCACACGAGCCCCGCGGCCCGCCGCCCCGCGCCGCCCGCCCACUGCUGCACCGGCCGGCGGCGCUUGGACUUUCUGCUGUGGUGCCGGCGUGCCCCCCUGCUGGGGGUGCUGUGGGUGGCAGUGGGGGCAUGGGGGGGAGUGUGGGGGAGGUGCUGCGGCAGCAGUGGGAGGUGGGGGUGGUGUUUGUGGGCGUGGCGCAGGGGCGGGUGGUGACUGUAACGAGGGGGCAGUGCAUGGCAGCACGGCUGUGGAACACUCCUUACAGCUCCGGAUACCAAGUGUUGGCUGCGGACGCGCCCUUCUCGUUGAGUGAGCCGCUCAUCUCUCGGCGAAUCGGGGCGCCCUUUGCGUCCACGAGUGGGGACGUGAGUCCGCACUGUUUCGCGCUGCUGCGCGGGGCCACCUCGCCCUUCCUGCUCUGCGCCGCACACUGGGACUGCUCCACACGCCUCGUGGCUGUCAGUGACGGCCACACCCUGCAGGCCGUCAGGCAGCACACCGACGUCGUCACCUGCCUCUCCGCAUCGGAGGAUGGCCUGUGGAUGGCAACGGGCAGUCACGACACGACAGUGAUGGUGUGGCACGUGGACCGCACACAGCCACGCCCCUCCGCCGACCCCGUGCUGCCCUGCAAGCCACACCUCCUCCUCUGUGGGCAUGACGACGUGGUCACUCAGGUGCUCGCGUCCUCCCCACUUGACCUCGUGCUCUCAGCCUCACUGGACGGCUCACUGCUGCUGCACUCGCUCUCCUCGGGCCGCUUCAUCCGCUGCAUCCGCCACCCGCUGCGCCACGUCGUGCAGCGAAUGGCCGUGAGCCAGCUGGCGCUGGUGGCGGUGCACUCGGAUGCGGACGGCUGGCUGCGUGUGGCGUCCAUCAACAGCAAGUGGCUCGCUGCCGUUCCCACCGGACCCACCGCCACCACCACUGCCGCCACCACUGCCUCUUCUCCUGGUGUUGCUGCUGGUGGUGGUGCGGAGAUUCACAACGAAGGUGCUGGAGGGGGUGGUUCCAGCAGCGAAGAGAAUAAAGCAGCUGCGAGUAGCGGUGGUGAAAGCAGUGGCAUGCCUGUGCCUGUAUCUCUUCCUGGCUCUGACUCCACUGGCAGCCAGCUAAUCCGAUCACCAACAGCAUCUGCACCACCAACGCCAGCAUCCCCAUCCCAGGCAGCAGCAGCAGCCACAGCAGCAGCAGCAGCAGAGGUCGACAGUGUGACGUGCAUGGCAGCGAGUGCGUGUGGUGAGUUCCUGGUGACAGCAGGAGCAGCGGGGCGGGUGACAGUACGGUCCUUCUUCACACUGGCGACGGUGACUGUGUACGAGGGGGUGGGCGUGGCCGCCUGCUCCAUUGCCGUCACCAGUGAGGACGCCAUUCUCGUGGGGCUCGAAGACGGCCGCCUGCUGCUCUACUCGUUGCGUGCCGAUGCCCUCACUGACUGA